UCUAGAGCUCCGACUUUCCGACCCGAAUAUCACUGACGUGAUGAUUUGACCUCGUUUUCUCCGAGUUCUCAGUUGUCGUGAAAGCACCAUUAUAACAGCGUGCUACACAAAAAGUCGCAGCAAAUCCAUAUAAACUUUGAGCACAUAUGCUAACGCAGGUUUGAUUUUCGUGAAUAUACAGUACAUUCACACAUUCACUUGGGACAUGGCAGCGUGAAAGUAUGGCGGAUGCUGAAGAGCCGUAAGUAACGUUACCAAAAUAGAUAUUGUAGCUGACCGAAUUAUGCUGCUGUAAAACAAGCAUUGAACCUUCUUUUAUUCUCUAAUUUUUAGGGAGAAGAAAAGAAGGAAAAUAGAGGAGCUGACUGAGAAGAACAUUAACACGCAUCGCUUGCGGUACGAUUUUGGAAGCAUAAUGACCUUAUCUUUAAUAUCAGCGAGAAAUCAUUUUCAGAAAACAAAAGGUUAAAUUGAUGCACACCUUUUUAUAGGGUUAGUGUACCCACAUGGCCAUAUCUCCAUGUUACAGCGCUUGUUUACAGAUAUAAGACAGAGCCGACCAACUGUGCUAAUUAGUUAUCUUAAAUGUAACCAGGUAAGUGUAGUAGAAGUGUAGUUUCAUCAGAUGGAGGCACCCAUAGCUGUAUGGAUCUGUAUUAGAAGUAAUACAGUAAGUGUAUCUUUCUUAUUUCAAGGAUUCUUUCUCGCUGAUAAAAGUUAAGGUCCAUAUAUUUCGAAAGCUGUAUGCAAGCAAUGGUUAUUGGCGUUUCUAAACCUUAAAGCUGCAAUAUGUAACUUUUUGUGGGACCUGACCAAAUUCACAUAGAAAUGUGAGUUAUAGCUCUGUCAUUCUGAUUGCAAGCAAGUCUAAGAAGCUGUUCUGUUCACAAUUUAUAUGCUUCCUGUACUUAAGUUUCAUUUUUGGUUCUUUUACUUUCAGUUUUGUACACCAGCUUCAAACAGCUGAAAAUACAAUAUUCAGGGACGCAUGAGGUGCUUAAGGUACUUGAAUUUGGCACUCUGAAAUUCAAGUACUGGUAUACCUUAAAUCAGACAUUAUCUGAAGUUGGUACUUGAAAAGUACUUUAAUUAAAAUGAGAGGAAAACAGAAAAUGAUCAAAUAUGUUAAUAUGAUAUAAUUUCCAGGCAGACUACCAAGUUUUCUUUCCUCACGUGUUUUCGCGCUCUGGUUGCCAGGCGAGAUCGUUCAUGCCACCCACACUGGCACUCAGCCAGGCAGGUACAGAACUUAUUGAUUAGGCGCCGCCAAACGUCACAUCGAUAGCUAAAAUGCCGGGCAAAUGUAGAUUCAAGCCUGCCUGGCAGGAUAUUGAUGUUUAUGAAUGGGUUUUGCCAGACCACAACCAGGGAUGUUGUGAGGGUAAAUGCCAAUUACACACCUUUUUAUUUGUGAAAUAGCGUUUACUCACCUUUUUUUUAUUUAGUUAAUUAUCGUUUACCCACUUAUUAUUGUGUUCCCAGCAUUGAUCAACACUCAAUGCAACAAUUUCAACGAUUUUACUGAGUUACAGUUCGCAUAAGGAAAUAAGUCAACAUCAUCAGUACUGACUUACCACAAAUGUAUGUAGUAAAUAAAUAGUGGAACACGUAUUAUUGAGUAGGACUUGUAAGGGAGUGAUGUAUAGUAAGUUAUACUUUUUUUUUCAUGAGGUUGUGGCGAUAUACUACCAUCUGUUGGUGACUAGAAACAAUUGCAUAAUAGGAACUAUUACAAAUUUAUGGUCCUUGAUAAUGAAUAUUAGUGCUUGAAAAAGUACUUAAAAGUCCUUGAAUUUGACUUACCACUGUCUGUACGAACCCUGAAUAUUUUUGCUAAUGGAAAAUAUAUUUCACAGCGGUUUAGAUGGUACAAUGAUUCUCUACACUGUACUUGCUUGUUUUGUCACAUAAACUGAAAUUAGGCGACCUAUUAGAAUUUUAGCAACCAGGAAAUGACGGAGCGAUUUCUGCUUAGUACACCUUUUAAAACAGCAUCGUGAUUGUAGUUGACAUGAGCCAGUCGUGGGCGACGCUAACCGCUGAGAACUGUAGUAGGGAGAAUGCAAAAUGCCGCCUAGAGUUUUCGAGAGCUAUUAUGGUAGCCAGCUAGCUUCCACUAGCUAGUUAGCAGCAGCAACAUCUGCUGCCAAUGAUUAAAUCUGCAGCCUGAAUUUUCACAUAUGAUAAUCAAAUAAUUUAAUAGGUACUAGCUUGCUAGUUAGUUAGCUAUACUAGGGAAAUCAUCCUGAUGUUAAUGUACAUGUUACAGACCUGUGUCUACCUAGCUAGCUAUCUAGUUUUGACUCAUCACACUUGUGAUAAUGGUUUGAAUGAUUUCUCAUUUGAUAUGUGCAGCAGAGCACCUUUGUGUUCUCUGUGUGCAGAAUGGCUGUAGAUGGAGGAGACAGUGGAGACUGGGAUGGCCGAUGGAACCAUGUGAAGAAGUUCCUUGAGAGACCCGGCCCAUUCACUCAUCCUGACUUUGAGCCAAGCACUGAGGUAAGGAAGGAAUAACUAAUAGAUAACUAAUAACAUUUCCUUUAUUUAGGGGAUAGAGAUAAGCAUUCACCAAACCAACUCUUUUAUGUUCCCAGUCCCUUGGGUUCUUAUUGGAGACAUGCAAGAUCCUGGUCAUUGGAGCUGGAGGACUUGGGUGUGAGCUGCUCAAAAAUCUGGUAUGAGAGAUUAUGUCCAGCUUCCAGGUGCAAAUGCAUGCAAGGCUUUUGUUUGUUAUCUUUGUCUGUUUCUGCACUUCAAUAUCUUAAAGUUGAACUGACAGCAUUUGAACUACUUUGCAUAUAUGCAAUUCCCAGUUUAUGCUACAAAAGAGAGGUUUUAAAAAUAGGUUCUAUUUGACUCAAAAUUCCAUGACGUACAGUAAGGCAUUGUUGGCAGUAUAAAUGGAUGGACUUCAUUGCUGUAUAAUAGUCCAAAAAAUAUUGCUAUCAGGUUGGGCUCCUGAGUGGCGCAGCGGUGCAUCUCAAGUGCUAGAGGUGUCACCACAGACCCUGGUUCGAUUCCAGGCUGUAUCACAAUCCGGCUGUGAUUGGGAGCCCCAUAGGGCGCACUCAAUUGGCCCAGCGUCGUCCGGGUUUGGCCGGGGUAGGCCGUCAAUGUAAAUAAGAAUUUGUUCUUAACUGACUUGCCUAGUUAAAUAAAAUAAAAAAAUAUCACAGAUGGCCUGGUCCAUUGUUUGCUGCCUCCACCCAUUCAGAUUUCAGUUUCAAUGACUCAAUAUUUUGAACAAAAACGGACGACUGUAACUAAGGCUGGGAAUGUCAAUACAAUCAAACUAUCAAGGGAAAUGAUCAAAAGUCAGUCAUAACGUGGCUAAUAGGCCAGCGCUCGUGUCAAACACAAGACCCGUGGGCCGAACAGGACACACAGUAUAAAUGAGUCAACAGUUGAAUCGUUUACUUUAUGAAAUUACAGCCUGAUGCACUUACUCGCAUAGGUCUCGUUUACAGUGUGCAGCGGAGGGAAAGUCUACAGGCAGACAUAUGGCUAGCUAGGCUACUAAAAUGUUCCAGUCUGGCUUUGGCUUUUAAAGCUUGACAGUGAGUACGUUUACAUGCACACUAAUAAUUUGAUAUUAAACUGAUUAUGGCAGAAGGCCGAGUAUGGCGUUAGUAAACACCUUACUCUGCUUAUCUUAAUCUGCGUAAGGUCACCCACUUUUUUGGUGGCUACAGCUAGGGAUGCUGCUGUCUUUUCAUUAACUAGCAAAACAUGUGAAUUGUUUUGCUAGUUACUAUUCCCCAUUGUUUAUCAGUGUAAUUUUGACAGCCAACUAGCUGAACAAGUUUGAGAGGGUUUAUCUAAUAUUCCUUAGUUAGAUUUUAGCUCAUCUCGCUCUGGCUAGCAUUAGUUGUUGAUGUGCAUAGGCAACUGAGGGAGAGAGCCUACCUUUUCAUGGUUGUUUGAUCAAUAGGAUUGUGACGUUCCCAAAUGUAAGACAACUCCCGUGGUAUUUACAUAUUUGCAGAAAUCUAUUCAGGUGUAUUUAUUUUGGGCUUUUGGCGAAUGCGUUCUAAUGAUCGAAAGUCGCGUUGUUGCUACUGCCUGUAAACACACAGUCCAGUUCAAAGUGAAUGAUGGCAGGCCUGUGUAGCAAAUGGCUUAUUUGCAUAUAGACCUACUGUAGCUCUGAUUGGCUAUGGUGCACAGGUCUGCAUAGACUCCGGUCCUGGACAAGACCAAUGUUUUUAUUAGGUUUUAUUUACUGCAGUGUCUAUUAAUUGUCCAAACGCACGGCUGCUUUCCCACUCAAUAUUGCUAUAGAAUUCUCACAAAUCCCUUACUAUACGUCAUUCCCAAACAUUCUAUGAAUUUAUGGAAAACAACCAUAUCUAAUUGCUCGCUUGUCAGAAAAUGUAAGAAAAUGCGUCAUAUUCUUCCUGGGGGUGUAUAUGAAUAAGAUGUAAUGUUGCUAAAAUGCUGUCAGUUCUACUUUAAUGUGUGGUUUUGCCUUGUUCUAGGCCCUGUCAGGUUUUCGUCACAUUCAUGUUGUUGACAUGGAUACCAUUGAUAUCUCCAACCUCAACAGGCAGUUCCUUUUCAGGUUUGGCUUGCCAUUUUCCCACCUUCUCCUAUGGCCAUUCAUCUAUUACUUAUGAUGAAUAACAACCUUAGUGUGUUCACGGUUGAUAGAAAAAAACCUACUGAAAGAGAGAGUCUUAAGAGUUUACUGUUAAACACACACAACUCAUCUGUAUACCCUGUUUAGGACCAAAGAUGUUGGACGGCCGAAAGCAGAUGUGGCUGCUGACUUUGUCAAUAGUCGCGUCCCUGGAUGUCGAGUCGUCCCGUAUCCUUUGCAACUGACGUGUUGAAUACCGGAGUGUAGGAUUACCCCAUACAAAUUAUUGCAUUACUAAGCUUGAGCAUGUGAACAUUUGUAGAAGUAUCUUCUAUUAUUAAUGUUUCUUAAAUAAUAUCCUGCUCAGACACUUUAACAAAAUCCAAGACUUUGAUGAAUCUUUCUACAGACGUAAGUGCAGACUUUGUGUACAUUAUGGAGUUUUCUAAAAUCAUUUGUACCUAUAACAAUGGCUCUGACACACAUUUUCUUCUCUUAUUUAUAGAAUUCCAUAUUAUUGUUUGUGGAUUAGAUUCCAUCAUCGCCAGGCGUUGGAUGAAUGGCAUGCUGGUAUGUCUUAAUAUAAACUAUAUGCUAUGUGGACUGUGUGUAUAUGUCAGGGUUUUUUCUGGAUUAAAAAGGGGCUUAGGUGGUGGGCAUGGAAGGUGGCGUGGCAGGGAGCGUGGCAAUGGGCACGGUCGGCACAGCUGGAUUUGAGAAAUGUUUAGAGGCCCCAAACUUGGCAGUGUAGAGAAAUGUUGGAAUAUUUAAGCAAAUUUCCUGCAAUUCUACACAUUUCUCCAUGGAGCUUAGAGAAAUUGUUUGUUUUAAAGCUAAUUUCCUGCAAUUCUACACAUUUUGCAGACUGCCUAGCUUUUAUUUUGGUGAUUGUUAGUUCUCAAAGUUUAUAUAACAGGUCCAUUUAUCUUUUAGACAUGAUUUAUAUCUGGUUUUAGUCAUUUAAGUUUACACUGAAAGCGUUUAUCCAUCCCGAUAAUGUAUUAAUAAAAACGCAAGGAUUUCAAUGGCAGAAAAAUCCCUGUGUGUAAAACGUCAGUUCUAAAUAACUGAAGACCCCAUUUACAGAUAUCUCUCCUGAGCUACGAGGAUGGUGUUCUGGAUCCCAGGUCCAUCAUCCCCCUCAUUGAUGGUGGGACGGAGGGUUUCAAAGGCAACGCUCGGGUCAUUCUGCCUGGCAUGACUGCAUGCAUCGACUGCACCCUGGAGCUCUACCCACCACAGGUGCUCCAAGCUCUCUCCGAUCUGCCAAAUAUAUCUGCCAUUUUUAGUGUACUACUUCAGUAGACUAUUUAAAUGUUAAGUUGGAGAUUGAUUUGUGUUCUGCAGCCAUUUUGUGUUGCUUAUCAGUGAUAGCUUUGGUGUGUGUGUUAAAUUGUUUGUGUGUUGUAUAGCCUAAUUUGUUGUAUUCUUUUGGUCCAUAGAUUCAUUUCCCCAUGUGCACCAUUGCGUCUAUGCCGCGGUUGCCAGAGCAUUGCGUUGAGUAUGUCAGAAUGCUACAGUGGCCCAAAGACAAGCCUUUUGGAGGUACGUCCAUGAAUAACACUCUACUCAUUAUUACAUGUCACAUCACCUCUUGAUUGCAAUCAAAAAGGUCAGAAAAUUAUUAUGCUGUAUCACCCGUCAUAAUACCUCCAUAACACUAUCAUAAAGAUUGACAUAAUACCUAUUAUAACAGUUGUGGGGGCAUUAUGUCCAUCUAACGGUAUAGUUUGAAAUACAGCAUUGUUUUUUGGCCGUUUCUGCCCUGGCCGAUUGCAUCUUGAUUGCUUUUAGAAAGAGCAGAAACGGCCAGGAAACUGGUAUAAAAAAUAAAAAAAAAGGUUUACAAAAAUGUGUUAUUAAGGGAAUAGAUAUACUGAACAAAAAUAUUAACACAACAUGUAAAGUGUUGGUUUCAUGAGCUGAAAUAAAAGAUCCCAGAAAUGUUCCAUAUGCACAAAAAGUUUAUUUCUCUAAAAUGUUGUGCACAAAUUUGUUUAGAUCACUGUUAGUGAGCAUUUCUCCUUUGCCAAGAUAAUCUAUCCACCUGACAGGUGUGGCAUAUCAAGAAUCUGAUUCAACAGCAUAAUAAUUACACAGGUGCACCUUGUGCUGGGGACAAUAAAAGGCCACUCUAAAAUGUGCCGUUUUGUCACACAACACAAUGGCUUGCUGACUUCAGGAAUGUCCACCAGAGCUGUUGCCAGAUAAUUUAUUGUUAAUUUCUCUACCAUAAGCCGCCUCCAACGUCGUUUUAGAGAAUUUUGCAGUACGUCCAACCGUCCUCACAACCGCAGACCACGUGUAACCACGCCAGCCUAGGACCUCAUCCGGCUUCUUCACCUGCGGGAUUGUCUGAGACCAGCCACCCAGACAGCUGAUGAAACUGAGGAGUAUUUCUGUCUGUAAUAAAGCCCUUUUGUGGGAAAAAAAAAACCUCAUUCUGAUUGGCUGGGCAUGGCUCCUAAGUGGGUGGGCCUAUGCCCUGCCCAGUCAUGUGAAAUCCAUAGAUUCGGGCCUAAUGAAUUUAUUUUUAUUGACUGAUUUCCUUAUAUGAACUGUAACUCAGUAAAAUCGUUGAAAUUGUUACAUGUUACGUUUAUAUUUUUGUUCUGUGUGUGUGUGUGUGUGUGUGUGUGUGUGUGUGUGUGUGUAUGUAUGUAUGUAUGUAUAUAUAUAUAUAUAUAUAUAUAUAUAUAUAUAUAUAUAAAAUAUUUUUUAUUAUGAUAUAUUUUCCUUCUUUGUUUUCCUCUAAACCUACCACCCCUCCCCUAAUUGGAGUAAAUUAAUGGACAACAAUACUCAGGCUUCUACUUCCAGCUUAUACAUACCAAAUACAUUUUACGGACAGUAUAUUUUACAUUAGUUACCUUUUGUUUGUUUUUAGUCCCAGCCUUCAGCUACCCUCAACCUCUCCCACCUACCCCUCCCCAAAUUGCGGUAUUGCCCAAUGUGCCUUUAGGUGGUCAUAAUUCCUUCAUAACACUAUCAUAAAGAUCAACAUAAUACCCAUUAUAACAGAUAAUGGCAGAUAAUGACUGUCAGGCUCUUGUCUGUCCCUCAGAUGGUGUUGGUUUGGAUGGGGAUAACCCUGAGCACAUCCAGUGGGUGUUCCAGAGGGCCCAGGACAGAGCUGCUGACUACAGCAUCACAGGAGUCACAUACAGACUCACACAAGGUGAGGAGAACCAUACUGUAACACCCUGUCCUGAAGAUGGUAAAACUCAUGUUUUACCAGCUUUCAGUUAUACAAACUGUAUAGUACAAGCAACAUUUGCUUUCAAUUCCAUUUUCCAUUUUUGUAACAUUUGAGUUGAAGUUGUAUUGACACCAACUCCCCCGCUUACAAGUAUUGGUUGCCGAAAUCUGUGAAAAGUACAGUUAAAGAUUUAUUUUGACAUGGUUUUGCCUCAGGUGUCGUGAAGAGGAUCAUCCCUGCUGUGGCGUCAACUAAUGCUGUAAUAGCUGGUAGGAAACCCUUAUUGACUGUGUCAUUGGGUUUUAUCUUGAAGAAUCCUAAAUUGAUUACAAGUAGCUACUUUUUUACAUUUAGGUUCAAGUAAAGUAUAACUUAUUUUACCUUUUUUUGUUGCUUUGUAGCUGCCUGCUCCACAGAAGUUUUUAAAAUAGCUUCAAGGUUAGUACUAUGAAUCAUCCCUUUUCCACAUGAUGGACUCACUGGAGAGAAGGUCAAUUUCAAACUAGGUAUCAUAUUCAUAUUACCCUUUUCUGACUUUGCAGCGCUUAUAUUCCACUGAAUAAUUAUCUGGUAUUUAAUUCUGUGGACGGACUGUACACCUACACCUUUGAGGCAGAGCGAAAGGUUAGUAAUGUAUUGGGUGUACCCAGAUGAGUAUCCUUAAUGGAUAUAUUUUUGCCCAUUUUAUUAAGGAGAACUGUAUUAAUGUUACUGACGGUGCUAUUGACACACAAGGCUGUAAAGGGGAUGGUGUGGUGUCAGGCUACUUGUGCCUUCAUGUUCUUGUUUGGUCUGACAGGAGAACUGCUCAGCUUGUAGCCAGGUGCCCCAGGAUCUACAGUUCCCACCCUCUGCCAAGCUACAGGAGGUCCUGGAGUACCUGACGGAGAACGCCUCCCUGUGAGUACAUCUGCUAGUAGCCAGAUUGACUGAUAUUGACGUCUGUCAUGUCUUCACACAGAAUAGGCUGUUUUUAUGGUUAUUGAAGUGUAAAUGUGAAGUUGUCGUUGUUAACUUUAAAACGUUCUUGUUUUCCAGACAAAUGAAGUCCCCAGCCAUCACAGCAACCCUGGAUGGGAAAAAUAAGACACUGUAUUUACAGACUGUAGGUUCAAUUGAAGAAAGAACUAGACCAAACCUUUGCAAAACCUUGAAAGGUAAGAUGUUUUUUUUUUUUUUUCCAAAUGCGUGCAUGGUAUGUGUGUGGUAGACUAUAUAAAUCUAUGUGUUUGUUUCGGCCAUCUUGUAAAUGUAAUGUUGUGGUGUUGCAGAACUGGGAUUGUCUGAUGGACAGGAACUAGCAGUGGCGGAUGUCACCACACCUCAGACUGUCCUCUUCAAGCUGAAACUCACCUCUUAAAGGGGUAGUGCAGUCAUAAAUAUGAUUUUCCUAUGUUUUAUCUAUAUUUCCACAAUGAGGUUGGAAUAAUUAUGUGAAAAUGAUAAUGCCAUUUUAGUGUAAGAGCUGUUUG